AUGUAUUUUAAAAUCUUUUUGCCUUCUUCACAUGGACCCGGUCGUGCUCCAUUGCUCAAGUAUGGAGAUGACCACAAAUUGUGGGAUCUUAAGUUGCGACUUGCUCAGAUAACUCAAGUGCCAGUUGACAAACUGAAUGCCUACUUCAAAGGGAACUUGUUGGGAGACGACUUUUUGCUCUCUACCGUCUCGCGAGAACUCAGCAAGACAGGAUUUACACUUGAGAGUGAUCGUCGCGACUCGGAUAUCAAAGUUUAUUUCGGAGAUAAGAUGAUGUGCAGCUUAAGGUGCUUUGCGGAGCUAGCCUGUGGACCGCCCCAAAUCUGCAUAUCGCAUAGUUUUGAUCUGGCAGAGCAGACUAACAGCAGAGACGAGUGCCAGGACAAGUUCUUCGCAACUUUAAAAGGUUCUGGGAGCUUUAGUACUUGUGCUUUGCGAUCUAGUGGUGGACUGAAUGAUAGUCUGCCGAGUACUCACGGCAGUUCGUUCAUGGUAAACGAUUCCGAAUUAGACAAUUCUGAUCAGAGCAGUUGUAACGAUCCUUGUGAAGUAAAAUGUUGCGAUGAAAUCAGGGAUUCUGAACCACCCUACUCAAUUGUCUUGCCAGAGGAUCGGAGAUUCGGAGUUAUAAUUGUCAACGACAAUGAUCCAGGAGACUGCAACUUCGAUUGCCUCAUGAAGUUCUUGGUGCAACAAUUUGAGAAUUGCGAAUACGCAGAUAGCCUAAAAUUUUCGGAAUGUACGCCAGCAGUCGGCUUCGAUUGCUCCUUAAUGAUUGUAAGCCGCGAUUUAGAUACUCAGAACUGGACUCUGCAAGCCAUGAGCACCAUGUGCCCGCCCUACAGGUGUUCGACAUUUAUUAAGCAUUUCCAGUUAGUGCGAUGCUCUUUCGUAUUGCCAAUGGUUGUAAAAGAGUCGUUAUGUCGAAUAUUCAGCGUUUUCGAAUGCCAAAACUCCGGCCUAAGCACUUCAAAGUGGUGUGUUGUUAGCAAAAACAAGUUAAGUUCUUGUAGCCCGGAUUAUGCCUCAAAAGUGGUAUAUAACGACAUAACUAACAUGGAAAUUACCGUCUAUAUAGACAAGGAGUCGAAGGAAUAUGUUAAUCAACAUUGCAAUCAGAUCAAGUACAUGCUAUGGCAUCUUAUUUUUGACUGUUGCCAUCUGGACGAGUGCAUAAAGGAAUGA